GCAGUGUAUUACUGGCCCUUCAUUUCUAAUCAAAAUUAAACUUUUUUUGAUUGAUCUCCAACAUAACCCGCCAUAUUUCUCGUGAUCUAAGUUAAUAAUCACAUAAUUUCCCUAAAAUAAAUCAUCAUCCUCAUCAUCCUCAUCGUAUCAAACUAUACGACACAGAACAAAUUAAAUUUACCCUUGAAUAAUCAUAAUCGUCAUCGUAAUCUCUUCAUCUUCCUCAUCAAAAUCAUGGGUAGACAGCUAAACUUAGUAAUGUUUCCAUGGUUUGCAAUUGGACACAUUACACCAUUUCUACACUUAGCUAACAAGCUAGCACAAAAUGGUCAUAAAACCAUUCUUUUACUACCCACCAAAGCUAAGAUCCAUCUUGAUACCUUAAAUUAUCAUCCUUCUCUUAUAACUCUCCAACCCAUUUUAGUCCCCCAUGUUGAGCCUCUCCCACCCGGCACCGACACCGCCUCCAAUAUCCCUAUCCACCUCCAUACCCACCUCGCCACCGCCCUCGACCUAACCCGUCCACAAGUCGAAUCUCUCAUUACGGAUCUAGACCCGAAACCGGAUCUCAUAUUCUAUGAUUUGGCUUAUUGGAUCCCGGAUAUUGCCUCAAAGUUUAAGAUCAAGACUGUUUGUUAUAAGGUACUAUCCGCUGCUUCCCAAGCCAUUGCCCUGGUUCCGGCUCUUAAAUUACCCAAGGAUAGACCCUUAUCCGAGGCGGAUUUAGCCCACCCACCAUUGGGAUACCCGUCUUCUAACGUUGUUUUUCGUGGGUACGAAACCAAAAGUCUUCUUUUUAUCGGAUUCGAGUUUGGGAGCGGCAUGAAAUUCUACGAUCGAGUAAUGGCGUCUCUUACAGAUUGCGAUGUAAUCGCCAUACGAACAUGUCGUGAGAUUGAAGCUGAUUUUUGCGAUUAUAUAUCAAAUCAAUACAAUAAACCAGUUUUUCUUACUGGCCCGAUUCUUUCCGAACCAGAACCAAAUAAAAACUCACUAAACCCUAAUUUGGAUGAGUGGCUACACACAUUUGAUGCUAAAUCGGUCAUUUUCUGUUCAUUUGGGAGUCAAUUUAUCUUCGAAAAAGACCAAUUUCAAGAGCUGGUUCUUGGAUUUGAGCUCACAAAAAAACCCUUUUUAGUAGCUGUAAAACCACCAAUAGGGUGUUCUACCAUUGAAGAGGCAUUACCAAAUGGGUUCAAAGAAAGGGUGGGAAAUAGAGGGAAAAUAGAGGGUGAUUGGGUGCAACAAACAUUAAUUUUAGGUCAUCCUUCAAUUGGGUGUUUUGUUACUCAUUGUGGGUUUGGAUCCAUGUGGGAGGGUUUAAAGGCUAAAUGUCAAAUAGUGAUGGUCCCACAAUUGGGUGAUCAAAUUCUUAAUACUAGGUUAAUGGCUAAUGAGCUUGAGGUUGGGGUUGAGGUUGAGAGAGGAGAAAAUGGGUGGGUUUCUAAAGAGAGUUUGUGUAAAGCUAUUGAAUUGGUAAUGGAGGAUAAUGAGGUGAGUUUUAGGGUUAGAAAGAAUCAUGCAAAAUGGAGAGAUGUUUUGAUUAGUGAAAGGUUUAUCAAGGAUUAUAUUGAUAAUUUUGUUAAAGAUUUGGAAAAUUUGGUGGGUUGAGUUUACACUAAAUUAAUAUUUAAUGUUUUUUACAGGUAAGGGGAAGGGAAAUUAAUCAUCAUGUAAGUGAUCAAUAUUGAAAUAUUAUCGUAAGAAUGAAAAAAGCGCUUUUAACUAUUAAGUUAAAUUACGAUUUUUGAUUCUGUGAUCAAUUAUUAGUUCUAGGCAUAUUAGAGAGGUAUCAAACUAGUACAUAAUCUUUUUGAUGUUUUUCUAGAAUGAGUAUCAUUAUUUACAUUAACUAAUUAAAAGUUUAAUUUUUUAGUUAUAAUUUAUAAAUAUUUUUGUAUGGAUAGAUAAUCAUAUUUAUUAGUACUCUCAAAGUUUUAAAUUCUCUAUAUACUUUCAUUUUUGGUGAUCUAGUUGAUGACAAUUAAGAUUUGCAUAUGUUGUAAUAUUGGACACACAAUAGAAGAAAAGAAAGAUAAAAAACCAAGAGAAAAACAAAAACAACACACAUAAAGAACUUUGUGAGGAACAACGGAAAAACACUACAAAUUUGUAGUAGUACCUUAAAGGUACCCUCCCCACUAACUAAAAUUUUUAUUUCUUAAUUGGAAUUCAACAAUAAUAAUAAAUAAAUCACACCCAAUUUAAAAUGCUCACUUUCUAGAGCUUAGAAUGCAAGGACUCCAAUGAAGUUUCUCUCAAAAUACAACAAAAGCUCUCACAAUAGUCAACAAUAACUCAAACUUUCUCUUCCUCUAGCUUCCUCAUGCUUCUUCAUAUUCACCUUUAAUAGUGGUGAAUUUAGAGUUUUUAUCUAAGAGGUGUCUGAAAUAGUU